CCUCGGCGGAUCCCUGUCCCAUAAGUCUACGCGCGUCGUCCUCCUCGCCCUCCAGGCCGCUUGCUUCCAGCCGGGAAUCUCCCCGCCGCAGCUCUGCUAUCCGCCCUCCACUCUCAGCCAUGUUGCCCGCUACUCUGCUCCGCCGCUCGGGUCUUGGCCGAGUCGUGCGCCAGGCUCGGGCCUACGCCGAGGCCGCCGCCGCCCCGGCCUCUGCAGCAGGCCCAGGGCAGAUGUCCUUCACCUUCGCCUCACCCACUCAGGUGUUCUUCAACGGAGCCAACGUCAGGCAGGUGGAUGUUCCCACGCAGACAGGAGCCUUUGGCAUCUUAGCAUCCCACGUGCCCACUCUGCAGGUCCUGCGGCCAGGGUUGGUUGUGGUUCACGCUGAGGAUGGCACCACCUCCAAAUACUUUGUGAGCAGCGGCUCUGUCACAGUUAAUGCUGACUCUUCUGUGCAGUUACUGGCUGAAGAAGCUGUGACACUGGACAUGCUGGACCCCGGGGUGGCCAAGGCGAACCUGGAGAAGGCGCAGUCGGAGCUGUUGGGGGCUGCAGAUGAGGCAUCAAGGGCUGAGAUCCAAAUCCGUAUUGAGGCCAAUGAGGCCCUGGUGAAGGCUCUGGAGUAGGCGGUGUGUGCCUUCAUGGUGGCUAUGGCAGGGAAAGCCAGGGAAAAUGAGGCCUGGAGUUGGAGGGGUGUCCUGGCCAGAUUGAGCCAGCUCUUGUGGUCAGGCUGACUAGGGGGAGGGGGGAGUGAGCAAGCUGGCCAGCCACCCUUGGAGCAGCACUUUUUUUGGGGGGGAGCUGACCUUACUAGGAAACCACUAGGGGGCAGCAUGGUGACAGCUUCUGCCCAGAGCACCCUUUGGGGCCCUGCCCCUUUGGAGCCAAAUAAACCCAUGGGAUUAAGUCCCUUGCCCUUGCUGGCAGGCCUGGUGGCUGGGGGCAAGCUUGGGUGCUUGCCUUGCCCAUGUGGGGGUACUGUCAUCCUGAGGGGCUCUCCUCCCAUCUCCCAGGAUUUCCAUGGGCUGAUGUGCCCACUACUCCUCUGUCCCUGCAUAGCCUGCUGCAGAAAUCUGCUUCUGGCCACUUCCAAUGGACAGUUUGCCCCCUUCCCAAGCCCCCUAUUAAAGACCUGGGACCCGA